AUGAGACUCUGCUUGCAACUUCUCAUUUACGCCUUCUUCGUUGGCGUCAUCGUCCUUGCGACGGACAAUGGCUUGACCACUCAAGUUACCUGGGACCCCCAUAGUCUCAUGGUCAAUGGAGAGCGGCUGUUUCUGUUCUCUGGCGAAUUUGCCUAUGAACGUAUGCCCGUGCCGGAAAUGUGGUCCGACAUCUUCCAGAAAUUUAGGGCAAAUGGAUUCAAUGCAGUCAGCUUGUACUUCUUCUGGUCUUACCACUCUGCCUCUCGCGACGUUUUUGACUUCAAGUCUGGAGGCAAAGAUAUCCAGAAAGUCAUAGAUGCUGCUGCGGAGGCUGCGCGCCCUGGGCCCUAUGCAAACGCCGAGACAAACGGGGGCGGUCUUGCGUUGUGGACAAGUGAUGGAUCUGGAGGAAAUUAUCGUACCUCGGAUCAGACGUACUUUGAGGCUUGGGAACCAUGGAUGCGAGAGCUUAACAAGAUUUUGGCCAGAAACCAGGUCACCGAAGGUGGCCCUAUCAUCCUAUAUCAGAUCGAGAACGAGCUACAGGAGACUGUACACAAAGCCGAUAACACGCUCGUGACCUACAUGGAGCAGCUCGAAAAGAGUGUCAAGGAUUCUGGAAUUGUGGUUCCUCUCACUCACAACGAAAAAGGACAACGAAGCCAGAGCUGGUCAACUGACUACCAGGAUGUUGGAGGCGCUGUGAAUAUCUACGGACUAGACAGCUACCCAGGCGGUUUGAGCUGCACUAACAUUGACUCUGGCUUCAAUCUGGUCCGCAACUACUACCAAUGGUUCCAGAACUACUCUUACACCCAGCCAGAGUUCUGGCCCGAGUUUGAGGCAGGAUAUUUCACGCCCUGGGGUGGAACAUUCUAUGAUGAUUGUUUGGCAGAGCACGACCCUGCUUUUGCUGAUGUCUACUAUAAGAAUAACAUAGGUCAAAGAGGAACACUAAUGUCGCUGUACAUGGCCAUGGGAGCAACCAAUUGGGGUAACCUUGGAGCCCCUGUCGUCUACACAAGCUACGACUACUCUGCACCCAUGCGUGAAACUCGCGAGCUUCAGCUCAAGAUGUUCCAGACGAAACUGAUUGCACUCUUUACGAGAGUAUCACAGGAUCUUCUUUACACAAACAUGGAAAGCAACGGAACUGGUAACGCUGUGUCAACUCAAGAUAUCUGGACUUGGGUUCUGAGAAAUCCCAACACGACUGCAGGAUUCUACGUGACUCAGCACUCAAAGUCGAGCUCAAGAGCUGUCACGAACUUCUCGAUCAAUCUACAAACAUCGUUGGGGUCGAUCACCGUGCCGAGCGUGCAGCUUAAUGGCCGUCAGAGCAAGAUUGCUGUCACAGACUACCAUUUCGGAAAGUACACUCUGCUGUAUUCGUCUGUCGAUAUUCUGACUUACGGCUUGUUCGACUCGACACCAGCCCUUGUGCUCUACCUUGAGGCGGGUCAAGUUGGCGAAUUUGCUUUCCCAGGAAAUAUCUCUGUCAAGUCAUACGGCAGCACAAACGUUACAGCAUCUCGUGUCAAGACAAACGGGACCUCUUCCUACACUAAGCUCGUCUAUAAGCAAUCAGCUGGCAAGACCGCCUUACAAUUGUCCAAUGGUGUCUUGAUAUAUCUCUUGGACGUGUCAACAGCGUGGUCAUUCUGGGCACCACCCACUACCUCGAACCCCAACGUCGCAGCAGACGAGCAGAUCUUUGCGAUAGGACCUUACCUCGUUCGUAAUGCCAGUAUCAGCAGUAAUGUUGUCUUUGUCAAUGGCGACAACACCAACUCAACGACACUCGAAGUCUUUGUGGGCAACACAAAUGUUGACACAAUCGCCUGGAACGGCCGAGAACUGCCUACGAAGAAGACAGCAUAUGGUGCUCUUACAGUCGAACUUACAAGUAUCCUCGAGCGCAAAGUGUCCAUUCCGACCCUCUCUAGCUGGCAAGUAGCCAACUCCUUGCCCGAGGCUGCUAGAGACUAUGACGACUCUGCAUGGACGGUAUGCAACAAGACGACCACACGAGCUCCGGUGAAGCCACUGUCGCUUCCUGUUCUCUAUAGUUCAGACUAUGGUUACUACUCUGGAGUCAAGAUAUACCGUGGCUACUUUGAUGGGAAGUCCGCCAAGUCAGCCAACGUGACAGCACAGGGUGGAUCAGCCGCAGGUUGGAGUGCUUGGUUGAACGGAAAACUUGUCGGUGGACAUCCUGGAAAUGCUUCGCUGCUGUUGACAUCGGAUGUGCUCGACUUUGCAGGUAUAACACUCUACGACAGGAACAACGUGCUGACAGUGGUUACUGACUACACCGGUCACGAUGAAACAUCUACCGGUAAAGGUGCUGAAAACCCUCGAGGUCUUUUGGGUGCUGUCCUUAAAAGUUCUGGUAAUGCUACUGCCACUUUCAAGCAGUGGAAAAUCCAAGGAAAUGCCGGUGGAUCUGCCAACAUUGAUCCAGUCAGAGGCCCUCUCAAUGAAGGAGGACUCUAUGGAGAACGUCUUGGGUGGCACCUUCCUGGCUUCCUUCCCUCUGGUGACGAAUGGUCUGCCGGUUCCCCUGCUCAAGGUCUCAACUCCAGUGGCAUCAAGUGGUACCUAACGACAUUUGAUCUUGAUAUUGAUUCGGAUCUUGAUGUACCCAUUGGUCUCGAGUUGUCGGCUCCUUCGAAUACUGUCGCGAGCGUACAAAUCUUCUUGAAUGGCUACCAGUACGGAAAAUACAUUCCUCACAUCGGGCCGCAGACACGAUUCCCCUUCCCACCUGGAGUGGUAAACAAUCAAGGCAACAACACACUUGCUUUGAGCGUUUGGGCAGAGACAGAUGCAGGUGCAAAGCUGGACAACGUCUCAUUGUUUGCUUACAAUGUAUACGAGACUUCGUUCAACUUUGUGCAGGAUUGGACUUAUCUGCAGCCCGGGUGGACAAGCGAGAGACUGCAGUAUGCUUAG